CGUCGCCCCCUUCUUUUGCUUUUCCGCGAUAUCAAUUUAUCGAGAAUCAAGCUCAACCUCAAGCUCCCAAUACGAAGUGGCAACUAUCCACAUAGCGAGUAAAGUAAGCAUCGGUAGCACGAUCUUACCCAGCUAGAGCAAACAGCUUCGCCCCUAUAUAACGUGAGUCUCUGUAUCCCGAGAGCAUUCUUUGCGCUUCAACGAGGCAAGGUGACCCGCGCGUGAAGAGACGCAAGAGAUGGCGACAGUCGAAGGCUCGCCUGUGAGCUCCGCCAAGCUAACGGAACUGGGAAAGGCGCUGGAUCAGACGUCAAUAUCCAGUGUUAAUGGUGUCGUAUCGCCCGCUGCCUCUCAUGAGGCACCAAGCAAUGGGGUGGACAUGGACGCCACUGAUGUGCCCAGUGCUCCGGCAUCCAAGUUGCCAGCCAAGAGCCCCAAGAAGCGCGGACGAACCGACAGCUUGAAGAAGAUGUUGCCAGCGCCAGCCUCGCAGCGUCAUAAGCAAGUGACGAGCUCUCCACAGUCCUCAAUGCAAGGAAGCAGCAGUACGGAGGAGGAUUCGGCAGCGUCGCCGUCUGUAGCCUCGUCACAAGAUACUGCACCGCCGCAGCCGCAGCAACGGCCACACGCGCAACCUGCCAAAUUGAUGGUGAAAGAUCGGAGAGGCAGCGGCAUGGGCGUCCCACGAGCGCAUUUGAUUCUCAACGCGGUGAAGCAGGCACCGCCAGCGAAGGAAAAAUCGAAUCCGAGACGAUGGUCGAAGCACGAGGACGAGUCGCUGCGGUUGGCGGUUGAGAGGAGUGGAGAGCGCAAUUGGAAGGCCAUUGCCGACCAGGUACCUGGACGGAACCACACGCAGUGUUUGCAGCGAUGGACUAAAGUGCUCAAGCCAGGAUUAAUCAAGGGUCAUUGGACACCUGAAGAAGACGCAAAACUGCGGGAAUUGGUGGCAGAAGGCAAAAAGAACUGGGGACAAGUAGCCUCGCUCAUUCCUGGACGAACGUCCAAGCAAUGUCGGGAGCGGUGGUGCAAUCACCUCGACCCGAACAUUAAUAAGGGAUCGUACACGGAGGAUGAAGACAAGAUUAUUGUUGAGAUGCAAGCCAAACUAGGCAAUCGCUGGUCCAUUAUCGCGCAGCAGCUCAAGGGCCGAACCGAAGAUGCUGUCAAAAUUCGCUGGAAAUCUCUGAUGCGCGGACGACGCGCUGCUUCUAAAGAAGAUAAAACACCUACAGCUGCUACUGCAUCACCUGCAGCUGCUGUAAGCACAGCGUCGUCUUCUCCGGCAGAUGCUGAGCGGCCUCAAGCUAAACCUGCUAAAACCAGCCCAACUCGGCAAAAAGCUCGUGCUCCAGCACCCGCAGAUACAAACCAGAACACGAUUGUGAAAAGCGAACAGCGAGUGUCAUCGGAAAGCAAGCCUGUGAUCGAUGCGCCUAAUUCUGCAAUGGGAGCUUCUGUAGGGAACAUGCCAACGACUGUAUUUGUGAAGAAUCAGCCAAUGACGCAACCGGAUAUGGCAGCAGCGAUGGCUGCGCCGGGGAAUUCGAUGCACAAUGUGAAUGAGUUGGUGGCCGCGUCGAUUCACAACUUCCAGAUGAGUCAGCGCUUUCAUCCGAGCUCAGCAGGACACGCUGGUAAUACCAUGUAUACAGGCAAUCCAAACCAAUUGGUACCGCCGGGAAACCAGCAACCUCCUGGUGUGUACGGAAUGGCUGAUGGAGGAUUUAACGUGAAUAUCCAGCAACAAAUGCUACUACAACAUCCGUCGCAGCAGCAUAUUCAACAGCAAGUGCCACCAACAUACCAGUAUCCUCAAGGAUACACGAUGCAGCAGCAAAAUAUGGGGGUGAUGCCAAACUACGUGGUGCCGACGAAUUUUUCGACAUCAAAUCAAAUGCAAAUGCAAAUGCAGAUGCCCAUGCCGGUAUCAUCUUCAAUGCAAACACCGCUGUCGAUGCCUCCAACUCCCACGUAUUCUUCUCAGGCUAUGGCGAUGGCAAUGGCAAAUGCACAGUAUCAUCAGCACUCGCAUCCGCCUCCUCCUGUUCACCAAGGCUUCAGCGGCGCCCCGCUUCACCCGCGUGUUGCAUCCUUGGGUACGCCUUCCGGGACAUCUACACAGUCUAUGAUAAACAGCGGGGGUGGUGUCACUGCAAACAGUAACAACAGUUCUAAUGGCGCUGGGGUAAAUGCCGGCCUUCCUCCUUCUUCAGCUGCGGCAGCCGCUGGAGGAAAGGGACUGAAUACACCACGGGAAGAAUGGGGUUCUUCACAGACUCCGCGGUCUCAGAUGAUCAUGACAGAAGGCCACGCGUCCGCGUACGAGCUAUUCCAUCAGCAACGACUUCGACUAAUGCUACAGGAGCGCGAUAAGCAGGGGAUGUCGCUAUCUUCUGCUCCCUCUCCGGGCCAAGCACUGCUCACAAAAGAGCUGGAGGCCAACAAGGAGCGACAAGCUCGACAGGCGAUCAUGCAGAAAGGGUGGAAGAGUGCCGUCGAAUCAAUGGUCUCUUUCAACAGUGUCAGCGUACGAGCUGGAAAUUUUCUCCACGAAACACUUGAAGCAGUCGAUCUAAUUCUUGUUCACGUGCUAUAAUUUUGUAGGAUUUAUCAACUCUGGAUGAUCAGCAACGGUUUGAUGGACUGCUGGAGAAGGUAUCAUUGUCCACUCUGGACCCAACAGACGACGAGCUGCUUGACCAAACAGUUGACAUUAUAUCGGGAGGUACGUGCUUCAAAGAGCGACUGGGACUGCAAGCGAUGAGUGGUUGAUGAUGUUUGUUUUUUUGAAUGACUGCAGAUGACACCGUGGAUCUAUGACAACACAAUACGCCUGCUCACUCUAGUAUGGACAAGCAACCAUGCGAAGAGCAGCCAUUCUGCUCGCCUUUUUUAUUUGUACAUGGCAUCGUGUAAGUUAAAGUUAUUGAAAUUGAUUCGACAGCGGGAAUCCAGCAUCCAAAAACUCCAUCAUCAAAAGCCUCGUUCAAAACAGGCUUACAUUGUCAUGCUUGUCCUUCUUUCUGGUAAGAUCAAACAGACGCUCAGAACAAAGUUGGUAUCAAUCUACAAC